AUGUCUACAUUCAAGCAAUCCACCGCCUGCUGCACCGUCCCUCCCAUUGAUCCCAAAGAAGUAACCUACAGCCCAAAAGGCAAUUACCAAAACGUCGGUGGAUUACGGACGUGUAUUCUCCCCUUCUCAUUCUCAGCGCGGGUAUCGCAAGUUACCCUACAAGUCUGCCAUGCUAACGACUUCUACUACCACACAGACAUCACAGGCGAUGACUUUUCUCAUCCUCCAACGCACGCCCUAGUAGUUCUCUACGACAUCUUCGCCUUCCAUUCAAACACCCUGCGUGGCGCUGACAUCCUCGCUACAUCAGGGGAUCGGUCUUACCUCGUCCUGAUGCCUGAUUUCUUCGAAGGUAAGGUCGCGGAUUGGGAUUGGUAUCCGGACGACACUCCCGAGAAGACUGAGAAGCUAGAGGGGUUUUUGAGUGGUCCGGGCAAUACUGAGAAGACGGUUGAGAAGGUGAUGAUGGUGCAGAAGGAGGCGAGUGAAAAGUGGAAGGGGGUGCAGAAAUGGGGGGUUUUAGGAUACUGUUGGGGAGGUUGGGUAGUGUCCUAUUGCUCCGGACCAUCGACUCCCUUCUCUGCUGUCGCGCAACUGCAUCCCGGAUUCGUCGGUAAGAACAUAGCAGAGAAAAUAAUCAUUCCGGUGCUUGCUAUUGCAUCGAAAGAUGAACCGGAAGAACGCGUAAAGCGCUUUAUGAAUGAACUCAACCCAAACAUUUCAUAUAAGAACUAUGCGAUAUUUCCGAAAAUGGAGCAUGGAUGGCUCAGCGCACGAGGUGACUUAGAAAAGGAAGAAGUAAAGGAGGCCUAUGAAGAAGGCUAUAAGAUGAUGCUAGAUUUCUUUGGAGAAUGGAUGUAG